GUCAAGGAGCUGGCGAUGAGCCCGGGCUCACCCCGUCCCAUCCGCGUCCUCGAGCUCGGCGCUGGAACCGGUGCAUCUACUGUCCCCUUGCUCGAGACGUUAUCCGACUCCGGCGUCCCAUUCCAGUAUUGCUUCACUGACAUCUCGAGCUCAAUGGUAGCGACCGCCCAACGUCGGUUCAAGGCCUACCACGACUCGAUGGAGUUUCUGGUCGUCAAUGUCGAGCAGCCCCCGAAGCCUGACCUUCUGGGGCGAUUCUACCUCAUUGUGUCCACCAACUGUGUACAUGCCACAUGUAACCUCCAGGUAUCGCUCUCGAACGCGCGUCAGAUGCUGCGACCCGACGGACUGAUCUGCCUGAAUGAGAUUACCCGGCGGCUGUUCUUUAUGGAUUAAAUCUUCGGUCUGCUGGAGGGCUGGUGGCUGUUCGACGACGGGUGUUCGUACGCGUUCGGGUCCCCAGCCACUUGGGACAAUGCUAUGCGCGGUGCAGGAUUUCAGCAGGUUAUGAUAAGUGACG